AUGGGGCCGCGCCUCCUGCAGCACUACCGCUCCCGCUCCGCCUCCUACGCGCGCUCGCCCGACGCCGACGCCCUCCACGGCAGCCCCGGCCCCGGCACCGCGGCCGCCGCCGACGCCCUCGACUGCCCCUUCGGCCGCCUCGAUGGCCUCUCCCGCGCCGACGUCCGCGAGGCCGCCUACGAGGUCUUCUUCAUGUCCUGCCGCGCCGGCGGCGGCGGCAACGCCAAGGGCGCGGCAUGUGACGGCGCCGAAGGCGGGGACGCCUCGCCCAGGAUCGGCGCCGGGCCCAGGGGCGGCACCGGGAUGAACGUCGUCAACAGCCGGGUCAAGCGCGCGCUCGGGCUCAAGGCGCGCAGGGCCACGCAGCCGUCCACCGCCCUGCGCAGCGGCAGCAUGAACGCCUCGUCCGCGCCGGGUUCCCCCGGCCGCGCCGUGCGGGCGCCGGCCGGGUCGCCCAGGGCCAGGCGGCCCAUGACCUCCGCCGAGAUCAUGCGGCAGCAGAUGCGCGUCACGGAGCACGGCGACGCGCGCCUCCGCAAGACGCUCAUGCGCACCCUCGUCGGACAGGUGGGCAGAAGAGCGGAGACGAUCAUCCUGCCGCUGGAGCUGCUGCGGCAGCUCAAGCUGCCCGACUUUGCCGACGGCGCCGAGCACCACCAGUGGCAGCGCCGCCAGCUCAAGCUCCUCGAGGCGGGCCUCAUCACGCACAGCUCCGUCCCGCUCGACCACCGCCACAGCGCCUCCGUGCUCCGGUUCCGCGAGGUCGUGGAGGCAGCCGAGGCCCGCGCCAUCGACACCGGCAAGGCCUCCGACGCCAUGCGCGCCCUCUGCGACGCCGUGCUCGCGCUCGCCUGGCGCUCCGCCCCCGCCGGCGAGGCCUGCCACUGGGCCGACGGGUACCCUCUCAACGUGCUCCUUUACGUCUCCCUCCUCCAGGGCAUCUUCGACCUCAGGGACGAGACCGUCGUGCUCGACGAGGUGGACGAGCUCCUGGAGCUCAUGAGGAGGACGUGGGCGACGCUCGGCAUCAACCGGAUGCUGCACAACGUGUGCUUCGCCUGGGUCCUCUUCCAGCAGUACGUGGCCACCGGGCAGGUCGAGCCGGACCUCGCCGGCGCGGCGCUCGCGGUGCUCGCGGAGGUGGCCGCUGACGCCGGCGCCAGGCAGGACAACCCCCGUGACCCCGUGUACGCGCGGGUCUUCUCCACCGCUCUUGGCGCGAUACGUGACUGGUCCGAGAAGCGCCUGCUUGACUACCACGAGUGGUACGGGAAUGGCGGCACCGGCACCGGCACCGCGGCGUUGGAGUGCGCUCUGUCUUUGGCGCUCGGCGCGGGCAAGAUCAUCGCCGAAAGUGUGCACACGGAUCACGAAUGCGGCGGCGAUCGCGUCGAUUACUACAUCCGUUGCUCGAUGAGAAGCGCCUUCACCAAGGUCCUGGAGAGCGGGCUCGGGCAGGAGCACGGCAUGCUCUCCGGCCACCAGCGCGACGUGGACGACACCAGCGGGAUCCUGACGCAGCUCGCCAAGGACACGGAGGAGCUGGCCCAGUGGGAGCGCGAGUGCUUCAGCCGGGAGCUGAGGCGGUGGCACCCGUUCCCGGCGGCGGUGGCCGCGGUGACCCUGCACGGCUGCUACGGCGUGGUGCUGAAGCAGUACCUGGGCAAGGCCGUCUGCCUGACCGACGAGCUGGUGCGCGUGCUGCACGCGGCGGGCAGGCUCGAGAAGGCCCUGGUGCAGAUGGUGGCGGACGACGACGGCGAGCCGGUGGUGCGGGAGGUGGUGCCCUACGAUGUCGAGUCCGUCGUGGUCGGCUUCCUCCGGACGUGGGUCGAGGAGCGGCUCAGGGUCGCCAGGGAGUGCCUCCUCAGAGCCAAAGACACCGAGAGCUGGACCGCGAGGUCCAAGAAUGAGCCGUACGCGCAGUCGGCGGUGGACCUGAUGAAGCUGGCCAAGGCCACCCUUGACGAGUUCUUCGCGAUCCCGGUGAGCGCGAGGGACGGCAUGCUGCAGGACCUCGCCGACGGCCUCGGCGCCGUCUUCCAGGACUACGUCUCCUUCCUCGCCUCCUGCGGCAACAAGCAGAGCUACCUCCCGCCGCUGCCGGCGCUGACGAGGUGCAACCAGGACUCGACGAUCAAGCGGCUGUGGAAGAGGGCGGCGGUGGCGCCGUGCCGGGUGCCCCUGACGAGCGGCGGGCGCGGCAACGCGUCGUACCACGGCGGAGGCCAGAGCGUGAGCGCGGCCAGCGGGCACAACCCGCGGCCGUCCACCAGCCGCGGCACGCAGCGCCUCUACGUCCGGCUCAACACGAUCCACUACAUCCUCAGCCACAUCCAGGCGCUGGACAAGUCGCUCUCCUUCUUCUCCGCGGGCGGCGGAGCAUGCACCUCGCCGUCCACCACGAGCCGGCUCCUCGCCGCACCGUGCUGCCACUUCGACCACGCGCGUACCGCGGCCCAGACGGCGAUCGCCCACGUCGCCGAGGUGGCCGCGUACCGGCUCAUCUUCUUCGACUCGCACCACUCGUUCUACGACGGGCUGUACGCCGGCGGCGUGGCCGACGCGCGCAUCCGGCCGGCGCUCCGCACGCUGAAGCAGAACCUGUCGCUCCUCGUCUCCAUCCUGGUGGACCGCGCGCAGCCGGUGGCGGUGCGGGAGGUGAUGAAGGCCUCGUUCCAGGCGUUCCUGAUGGUGCUGCUGGCCGGCGGCAACCACCGGAGCUUCACGAGGGAGGACCACGGCAUGGUGGAGGAGGACCUGCGGAGCCUGAAGCGGGCCUUCUGCACGCGCGGGGAGGGCCUGGUGGCGGAGGACGUGGUGGAGAGCGAGGCCGAGGCCGCCGAGGGCGUGGUCGCGCUCAUGGGGCAGACGGCGGAGCGGGUCGUGGAGGAGCUAAGCAUCGCGACGACGACGGCGGCGGCCUGCGGCGGGUCGCCCCGGGCCGCUCUGCCGAUGCCGCUGACGACGAGGCGGUGGUGCCGGACGGACCCGGACACGAUCCUCCGCGUGCUCUGCCACCGCGACGACGAGGCCGCGAGCCAGUUCCUGAAGCGCGCGUUCCAGCUCCCCAAGAGGCGGUGACGCUAGGCUUUGCAGUUUGUACCGCUACUACUGCAGACUCGACUCUAAUUUGUGUGGACAAGUGGAUUAUGUGUGUGUUGGAGGCAAAUAAUUGAUCGCUUGAAGCGUUUGCAAAAGCUGUAUAGUUCACAUUUUUUCACUGCAGGGGAAGAGAAGACAUCUGAAAUCUUCUGCACUUUCUUCUUUGCAGAUGUUAAUAGGAAUCCUAGGUCCUUACUCAUGUGAGCUACAGAGUUGUAUGCUUACAUUUAUGCUUUAGUAAUGUACUACAGAUUAUCAUGAUUGCUAAACCUAAGCCUCCAAUACAGUGUUGUCAGGUUCCGCAGAUAACUGAAG